CUCUCUCUCUCUCUCUCUCUCGCUCUCUCUCUCCCCGGGUCCAUGUUGAGUUGAUGUGUUGUGCUGCUGGGUCAUUUCAGGCCACGUCUGUCCGAUCAGAGGAACAAACCCUGCCGUUACGGCCAUAUCUGUUCUACAGACACUCGCACAGGACGCACAGAAGGCGUCGCGUCGCGUCGCAGCGCGUCGAGAUUAUGCUUUCAUUGUCUGGCAGUGGCAGUAUGUCUGGUUAUGACAAAGGCAAUGAGAGUGAUUUUCCCUGAUUCCUGUUUUUGGACAGACUUCAGAUAUUUUCAUGUUAAGCUUGAGAAGGAUGAGCAGCACAAUGUGAUUUUCAUGUCGGGAGGGAUUUCUACACCUCAGCCCUGUCAGGACUCAACACUUCCACGCUCUUCUGAUAUCAGGUAGUCCAUGGAUGACACAAGAAUGAUGUUCCAGGCCUAAUACUGUAUAUAGCAGUAUGUCAGAGCAAGCAGACAAAUGCAACCCCCGCUGGAAAGAUGAGCCCAUUCAGAAUGGGUACAUACCAAGUUACCUGGACAAGGAUGAGCUGUGUGUUGUGUGUGGAGACAAAGCAACCGGUUAUCAUUACCGCUGCAUCACCUGUGAGGGCUGUAAAGGUUUUUUCCGGCGUACAAUCCAAAAGAACUUAAACCCGACAUACGCGUGCAAGUACGAAAGCAAGUGCAUCAUCGAUAAGGUCACACGUAACCAGUGCCAGGAAUGUCGCUUCAAGAAAUGCCUCGCUGUCGGCAUGGCAACAGACUUGGUAUUGGAUGACAGUAAGCGUCUGGCCAAACGGAAGCUGAUCGAGGAGAAUCGUGAGCGGCGGCGGCGGCGCGAGGAACUCCAGAAGACAGCGUGGGACCGACCGGAGCCCUCGCAGGAGGAAUGGGAGCUGAUCCGCGUGGUCACCGAAGCCCACGUGGCCACGAACGCCCAGGGCAACCACUGGAAACAGAAACGCAAAUUCCUGGUCGAGGAAGCAAUGCUACUUAAUGAAAUAACAUGUAAUUUAUUCUGUACUUCUGACCAGAGUGCAGUGGGGGUGAAGGAGUCCAAGCCCGAGGACAUCGGUUCGGCGCCCAUCAUCAAUGCGCCCGAGGGGAGCAAAGUGGACAUCGAAGCCUUCAGUCAGUUUACAAAAAUUAUCACCCCCGCCAUCACGCGUGUGGUGGACUUUGCCAAAAAGCUGCCCAUGUUCUGUGAGCUGCCUUGUGAGGAUCAGAUCAUCUUGCUGAAGGGCUGCUGUAUGGAGAUCAUGUCUCUUCGAGCAGCCGUACGCUAUGAUCCCGAGAGCGAGACUCUGACGCUGAACGGAGAGAUGGCCGUCACGCGGGGUCAGCUGAAGAACGGCGGUCUGGGCGUGGUGUCGGACGCCAUCUUUGAUCUGGGAGUCUCGCUGUCGUCCUUUAACCUGAAUGAUACAGAGGUGGCGUUGCUGCAGGCCGUCAUUCUGCUGUCCUCCGAUCGUCCAGGUUUAACAAGCGUGGAGCGCAUCGAACGCUGUCAGGAGGAUUUCCUUUUGGCCUUUGAACAUUACAUCAACCACCGCAAGCACACGGUGGCACACUUCUGGCCCAAGCUGCUGAUGAAGGUGACGGAUCUGCGCAUGAUCGGAGCCUGUCACGCCAGCCGCUUUCUGCACAUGAAGGUGGAAUGUCCCACAGAGCUCUUUCCGCCUCUCUUCCUGGAAGUGUUCGAGGACUGACGGCCAAUCAGACUGCUCCAACCACCGCCGACCUCCAGCGAUCCCCCUCACCCCAGCCCUCUGGUUCUGGUCACAUGGUUCUGUUUUAGCACUACUGAACAUUCUUUCAUUCCAUAGCUGUAGGAUCAGCGGUCUGGUCGAGUUUGAACGGAACCAUUCCUCUUUGAAGCGGGUACAUGUGAAUAGAGUUACGCAUUCUUUGUCUUUCUUUUCGUUUUUUUUUUGUUGUUGUUGUUGUUGUAAAAACUCGUCUUUCUGUUACUUGGCUCUGUUUUUUUCAUUGUUCAGUUGUUGUUUUUUUGUGAUCAUAGUCUUUGAUGCCGCUUAACUGAGAUGUAUGAACUAUGCAUUGGUAAGCAGAAGUCAGAGCCAGCCUCAGAAAAAGAUUGAACUGCACCUGACAGCAAGGGAGGAUCUUUUCAUUUACGUACAUGAUACAAACCGGGGCAUAGGAACGAAUAGAAUAGCCGCUGACCUGGACGACAUUCACAGAACUCUUUCCCCGCUAGUGUUUAUAAAAACGUUUGCCAGCUAGCGGCCUCUUAUUUGAUCACUUUCACAAAACCUUUAUGACCACAAAAAUAAUUUGUAUAAAUCUGCAAACAUUUAAUAUAUCAAAAGAAGUCUUUGCUUUUAAACAAAGACAAAACUAACUUAAUAGUGGAUUCGUUUGAUAAAAGAAGCAUUCUGAGAAAUUGGCAUUUUUGUCAAAGAUUCAGAAUGUCAAUGGCUGCGAAAGGGUUAAUAAUGUCUCAUUUUACAGUAACUCUGAGAUGUUAAUAUAUGUCACUUUUAGCCAAAGUUUAAGGCAUCUGAUCCCAGAAUGCACUUGCGACAAGCUCAUUGAAACAAAACCGUUGCAUCAUUAGCUUAACAACACAGCAUCAGACCUCUUACGGGUUCUGUCUGAGCUGUGGACCAUUCAGAGUUUAACACAGGGUUCAUUCACUUAAAAUAUCACUGCCUAUGCAUCCAGAUAGCACAGGUCCGUCUGGAAGAUGUGUAAUACAUCUGCUACACGUCUUAGAAAGAGCGGUUUUACAUACACUCUAAAUCAUAAACAUCUUACAGACAUCUGACAGGAGACAAGUUGGAGAUGAGCAAACAAAAUGCAGACAUCACAUAGACGUCUUCCAGAUGUACGUGUGCUAUCAGGGCUUUAUCCUCUCAAAACAAACACAGACAUGAGAAAAUGACAGGUCAUAGAUCAGUUAUAAUGAUGGUUAUGCCCCAGCUAUAAAAAAUCAUCUGACCGUUUACAGGGCACACAGACCCUCAUACACACACAAGGAGGCACUCCCGGGAAGAACUUAAAAAAAACUUUAGCCCCAAGGUAAGAUCUAAUAGAAAGAGCAUUUUAUCAACAUUAUAUGUCAUUGGUAAACUUUCUAAAAACAUUCUUAUUAAAUUGUUUGUUUAAAAACAUUUAGGAAUAACAUUGUGAUAACAUAUUUUUGAAUGUUGGCAAAACGUUCUCUGUCGCUGUUGCAUUUGGCACAAACACACAUGAAACCCAUUUAGUAUCUGUUUCGCUCAGAAUGCCUCUGUUGAAGUGCCAAAAAAGUUCUCUGCAAUGAGCGUUCUAAAGGAGUAUUUCUCUUCUCUGUACUAGCGAUCGCUCGACCUGCCCGGCAGUGUUUAUGUCUCGCAUAGAGAAGGAACUCGAUUCCCUUUUCAUUUGUAUUCUGCCUAUUGCCAUGACUUGUAGAUCUAAGGCUUCUGCUUGAACUUGUUGGUGCUAAGAGUUUGCCGAUUUAUACCUCCGUACAGUUCUGUCAGUUAACCUCACAUUGUUUGGACACACACACACACACACACAACAGUGAGGUCGUUGGUCAACACACAGAUAUCACCGGCUCUGUCCUGUAUUAUUAUUUUUUGUAAUGUUUCUUUGACAGAGAUUGAAUCUCACAUACCUCUACUCAGCAUCAGGAAAAGACAGAACUGCUUGAUGUGUUUCUUUCAAAGAUCCUACAAAUUCACAUCACACCUCAAGAAGCUGCACAGUUAUCAGUGUUUUGUUGUAGUGAUGCCUUUUAUAAGCAAUAGAAUCGCUCCAGUGGUUUUACAUGUUCUGGAUUUCAUGGCACAUACGCGUCCACAUAAGACAUAUUAAACAAACUCAAUGCACAGACAAUCAAUGUGUUCACAGAGAGAGAGAGAGAGAGACCACAGCCAGGGUCCAGAACUGACCCUCUGCCGGACCCAAAUGUGAAUAAAACUUUGGCCAGUAACUUGAUUGUCAAUCGCAUCCUUUCUUUAAGGCUCUUCCAAAGUUUGUAAUUGCAAAAACAUAUUUAGAAAAUAGAUCUUCACAAUCCUUCUCCAAAAAAAAUCAUGUUUUCUUGUUUUUGUGACCUCAUCUGGUACAUGAUGCGGUGAACGAGGGACCGGUUUUAUAAAAGAAUUCAGUGUUACGGCUGACGGAUUUGGUUUUGGACCCGUCUGAGGGUCUCUCUCUGAGAACACAGGCCAAUAAACACAAACACAGCACUACAGAAUAAACAUAUAUAUGGUGUAAAGGAAAGAGGUUGUAUUUUUCAGACUGCAGAUAUUUUUUACAGAUGUUUAUGCACAGUGUGAACAUACACAACAAGGAAACAAAAGAGAGACCGUCUACCCAAAUCACAGCAACUGUGUGAUCCCUCCCCAGUGUCAUCAUUCCAAAUGAACUGUUCAAACAUGUUAAUGACAACAAUAUACCAUCUGCCAUUUAUUCAUACUAAUAGUUGGAAAAAUCCAGCACCUGAAUUAUGAUCAAAAUAAAAAGCAAAACUUAGUAAUAAACCACAGAGAUGUCAUCAGCCCUAAAAACACAAUCACGUGUCAGUUCACUGUGUCUUAUGUUAGUUAAGAUGAGUUUAACCAGAUCAUGUCCACAAUAUGUUUUUGGCAUGAGUGAGGGAAUAUAGAUUGAAUGUAAAUUCUAAUGUUACUGGCAAAUGUAUUUUUCUUUUUUUUAUCUAAAUGAACGUAUUGCACAAGUCUGCUGUGUGACAGUGAAGCCUUGAACUGAGCUCAUGAUGUGAUUUGGGUAUCCCGGAUGAGACAUUGCACUAGAAAUAGAUUCCCAGAUUUGGCAAAAGAUUUGUUUGCACCUAAGAUGAACUGAGAAUAAAGAUGGUUUUGAGAAACCCCUGGACUGUGUCA